UUUUGCUGCGUGAAAAGGAGGAAACAAAGCCUGAGGUUCUCUGAGGAAGAAGAAAUUUCUAUCUCUGAGCAGUUGCUUUCUGCAUGCCCCGAAUCGGCUGUUGCAAGGCACCGAGCUGCAGCAUUUGAUGAAAUUGUUUUACAGAUGCCAGACAAAGAGAAUACAAUUAACGGCCUAUUAGAAAAACAUCAUGCAGAAAUCUUCAACUUUCCAAUCGUUGUUUCUUGCAUGACACAUGAGGAAAUAACCGAGAAGGAAACUGAUUUUUACAGAAAUAAUGUCAUGAUAACAAAGGAGGCUGCCAUACAGUUGGAGAAAGAGACAAGAGGGCAAGGCCAUGGCAAACAACGUGACAUGUGGUUGCAAGCCCGUAAGAUAAGAAUAACAGGCUCCAAUUCUUAUGGGCUAUAUACUUAUGUUCAUUUUGCUACAAAUAUCUGUGGUUUAAAUUAUUUAUUGAAUCUGAUAUUAGCAAGUGUUGGUGAACCUAAGUUCACCAACCCUGCAACAAUUACCAAUAUGUCAUCAAAAAGUGGAAGUAAAUUCCAAGCUUUAGAUUCCUCUGCAGAAAAUUGCUCUUUAUCCUUUAAAAAGGGUGGUUGA